AUGGAUUUUAUAUCUGAAAUAUGCAAAAAUCUUCCAAUAAGUUUAAAAAAACACCUAGACAAGAAACGCGUAUUUUUUGUGGAGAAAAGUUCUGAUAAAAAUUUGAGUGAUCUUAAAAAUUGCAUAGCAUCUACAAUGAAAGGGAUGAGUAGCUGGGGAGAACAUGUUCCAUAUGCUUGGGCUAAACUUGAAUCUGUCCUAAGAGAAAUGAGACGGUCAAUAAAAGUUUGUCGUUUUUCAAAUCUACUUGAAUAUGUUACAAAGAAAAAAGUCGUUAAAAUUAAAACCAAAAAGGACCUUCUGACAGCGCUCAAGUUUUUUCAUGAAAGAGGAGUUAUUUUUUUUCGAAACGAAAUAGAAAAAGUUAUCAUUCUUGACGUACAAUGGUUUGUUGAUGCCUUUAAAUGCAUCAUAUUGGAUGAAAGACAUUAUGAAAGCAAGGAAGUAGGGAAUUUAAAAGAAUUUGAUUCUCUAAACAAAUACGGUUUGCUGUCUGAUAAGAUACUUAAUGAUUUGUGGAAAAACAGUGAUUUCCAGCAACACAAACAAGAUCUUGUAAAUCAAAUGAUAGACCUUAACAUGUUAGCAAACGUAGAGGCAGAUUUAUGGUAUGUACCAUGCAUGAACAAGCAAAAAUACACUCCAAGUAUAUUAGACAACUGUACUGUUUCAUCCACACUCUGCUUUGUUUUUAAAUUUUUGCCAUUUGUGAUUUUUCAUCGCCUUGUUAUUGCCUGUAUGAAAAAGAUGAAGAUGACCUUAUGGCAACAUGGAGACAAGUAUUGUAUAUAUCACACUGUGGUCGUUCUGAAAUGGGAAACCAAGAAACAUCAAGUGCUAUUCGGCAUUCGUGAUAAAAAGGUAAAUGGGAUUGAAGAAUAUCCCUACUCAAUUGAGAUUCAAGCUGCAGUAAUCCAACCACGACCCCUCGACAAGCACGUAUGUUCUGAACUGAGAGAGAACAUUUCUAAGAUUCUGGAAAAUCUGACAAUGACUUUUCCUGUACACGAGGAAGCCUAUUUAGAAGGAUACAGAUGUGUAAGGAAACCAUAUAAUAAUCUUCCAGAUGGCCACAUCAUACUAGAGAAAGACGUGUCCAAAGAUGUUGACUGUACAAAAUGUCCAUCACAUGUCGUAGAGGUGCAAUCUAUCGUCGGCUUUUGGAAGGUAUGUGUUCUACAUAUAUGUAUCAGAUUACCAGGUCAAAAAAGUUAG